CUGCAACCGAGAAGAAAAGUUCGAAUUAUUUGUUUCGGUUCUUCUUCGAAGUUAUUCUUUCUGAACUUGACUGUUUCUCUCUUUUGUUUCUUGUCUUAAAUAUUUAGUUUUUUUGAUUUGGAGGACUCAAUCUUAAGUCAAGUUUGUUAUGGCUGAUUACAUUGAUGUGAUAUAUAAUCUUGCUAAAAAGCUGAGAUUUACUAAAGUCACAGUUUGUAAAGCUGCAAUUAUGUGCCACAAUUUUCGUGCCAGAACAUCUGAGGGUGAAUAUGAUAUGAAGUUUAUAGCUGCAGCUGCUGUGAGCUCAGCGAUAAGACUGAAUAAAGAAGAUGUUGAUAAUCAGACUAAAAUAGAUGCACUUUAUGAAGUAUUAAAUGGAAGGACAACUACUGAACUUGCAGACAACUCAUUAAAAACAUUUGAAAAACAUUUGAUAUACUUAGAGAUUUUUCUUUUCAAGAUGUUGGAAGGAAAUACAAGUCAUAAAGUUGCUCUUGAGUUUCUGCCGCUAUUUUUAAUGAGCAUAAGAACUUAUGAUUACAUGGAAGAAAAAUGGUCCUCCAUUUGUGUUCAAAGUGCUAAACUAGCUUUAGAGAUGUAUAACUGUGUGGAAUGUAUAUCUUUUAUGCCAGAAUCUCUAGCUGCAGCUGCUAUUUGUAUAUCAUUAGAUCUGGUGGACCCUUCUGAAGAUAAUCUUGCUCUCUGCCAGACACUUUGCCCAUUUUUGGAUAUGAAAAUGCUGAAUGAUAUUACCGAGUGCAUUUGUAAUCCUUUAAAGAAUUCAAUUCAAAUGAAUUGAAAUUAAUGACUUCAAUUGUCUAAUUUUUGUUUACUGAUCCAUACUGCCAUGUGUUCUUGGAGACCGGAAUCAGGUACAUCAAUAUAAAAGCUACGUUUGGUAAAACUGGUUGGGUUGUGCAUUUCAUUCUUUAGGUAAAGAUGCUGUCUUAUAAACGCACAUAUUUUGUAAAAUAGAUAAAGCAAUAAAUGUUUAUUAUGUUAA